UCCUGUCAAUGCGGAAGUGCCCCAUGCGUUAUUAUUGCUCUCAUUCAUUCUAAUCUAAUAUUAUCUGUCUCAUUUGUGAAUAAGUAAAAAAAAGAUGUUGCGCAAAAGGACCAGCGGACGAGAAGAUGGUGACAGUGUCAAACCUGAGAGAAAGAAGACAUCAGAUGACACUGGUGUGACUGCUGUGGCUGUCUCUCAGAGGAGCUGUUGGUCUGUUGUGUCUUUCUGGAUGAAGGUUCUGCUCUUCCUCAUCUUCAUACCAGCUUUCCUGAACUACGCCUCUUUGCAGAGAGAAGGACAGGUGCUGUCACCUACAGGUGCUCAGUUAAUAGAUAUCGGUCUGGGACAGAAGAUCCACCUUUUGUGCAAGGGACAUGGACAACCAGUUGUGGUUCUUGAUGCUCCAGCAGGAAUGUCUUCAGAUGUCUGGUACCAUGUUCAGGAGAGUCUGUCAUUAACAACAAAGGUGUGCACCUAUGACAGAGUUGGUUUGGGUUUCAGCCGAAGAACCCUGGAGAAUGAAACCACAGGCAUGAAGAAAGUCUGGGGAAUGUCAACCACCGGAAGGAUGGUGGACGACCUCCACCGAUUGAUAAAGGCUGCGGAUCUAGCCACGCCCUUCAUCCUGAUUGGCUCUGAACUGGGCACGCUCAACGGCAGGUUCUACAGCCACAUCCAUGACACGCAAGUGUCUGACUUGGUGUUGAUCGAUCCGAUCCCAGAAGAUGUCUUUGAAGAGGAGAAGUGGCAGCGGUACUGGUAUUCUCACCUGAUCCCGUCCCUGCAGAUGAUGCAGUUCUCCGCAGCUGCUGGUUUGAGUCGUCUGCUCAUUAUCCUGGGUGUGUUGAAGCCUGUCAUUCAAGGAGAAAACAUCUCAGAAGACCUUAUACAACGACAGAAAUACCUUCUAAGUAACCCGGCCCACCAGAGCGCUACAGUAGAUGAGCAUUUCUUUCUCAAUGAGAGCGCAGCUCAAGUCAGGGAGAUCACAAGAUACAAACCUCUUUCUAGCAAGACAUCCGUCUAUGUGAUUACUGGAGAAUCGUUUGAUGAACAGCUUCCUGCAGAUCUCAACCAAGUGAGAGUCCUACACAUUCCACACAAUUGAGAACCUCAGAGAUGACGUAUUUUUGUAUGCAAACCCCGGAAGCAAGUUUUUGGACUUUCAGUUCCAUCGCCCCAAAGUCUAUGGGUUUUUUGUUAAUCGCCUGAAAUAAGGUCUGUGGUUAACAAAACCUAAAAAAAUAUUUUCACGUUUUAAUCUAUGACAUAAAACAGACCAGUUAUAACCUGCUCGUGAUUUUUUAAACCUUUAUUGUGUCUUUAAAACUGCGGUUGCUAACAAAUAGACAUGUGCUGGUGUCCGGUAAUACGGUACACCACGAAAAUGCACGGUAGUGUUAUUGCGGGCACGUCAAAUCACAAUGAAGAAAAAUGUGCCUUAACUUUUCCUUUGACUGGAUAAAAUAACACACGUUUAUGCUGCGUAAGCAUCAUACGCACACGCAGUCGCGCACUCUGAUGUAAACAGCCUCAAGUAGAGAAGAAUGGGGGAAGGCAGAGCGCUGCCAACCUAAGGUGAAAUAUGAGUUAUGUCACACUACUUCUCAUACUUAUGUGUUCCUGAAUACCACAGAAAAAAAUAGCUGAACUAAAGUGUCAAAAUUGCAUGGAUUAUAUUGACAUUUGCAUUCCUGACAGUUGAAGAGCUUGGUCCGCUAGCUACGCAAAAGUUUGCAUCUCGUAAUUUAACAAAUAAAAUACAGUAAUUCGCUAAUCGUAGCUAUGUAGUUAAUAAUGGCAGUGUGGCAAGAACAAUUAAAUUGAUUUGAAGUUGAAGAUGAAAUGCAAGACAAUCGUAUCUUGCCACAGAGUGCUGCUUUUAAAUGUCUAUUGAGCUAUACAGUAUAAGCUAACCUUCUGCUUGCUAUCCAGAAAAAAACAUGAUGUGGCACUAUUGUUGUACUGACACUAACAGGUAAUUAUUUACAUUUAGUCAUGUAGCAGACGCUUUUAUCCAAAGCAACUUACAAAGUAGGGGAAAACAAUAGAAGCAAUUUGUGCAACAAAGGAACAAGCAUAGGUGCAGUAAAAUUGGUCUCAGUUAGCCUGAGGAAGAUCGAUCCUGACUAGGGUUGGGAAUCGUUUCAAUUUUAUCGGUUCCGAUUCCAAUUCUGAUUCUGCUUAUCGAUUUCGAUUCUUAACGAUUCCCAGUUUCGAUUCCACAGUUGAAGUAAAACAUUUAGAUAUCAACCUGUAUGGUCAUUUAGCCUGCUUAUUGACUUGUUUGCAAAAUAUAUAUAUAUAUAUUUAUGAGCACCGUUUUGUGUAUAUUUACACAUAGAAACACACCUUUUCUGAUUUAUUACAAUUUGUAUUAUCAUAGUUGAACUACAUCAUGGUUAAACUGCAGUUACUAUAAUGCAACUAUGGUUAAUUUGUGAUUCCUGUGCUUUAAUGCAAAUUCUAUAGCUAAACUAUGCUUACUAUAGUAAAAAAUAUCGAUAAUUUUCAUAAGGGCUUUUAUUGAGAUAUCAGCAGAUCAUGCAACGCAUGUACUUUUCUGAAAAUAUGCACACAGGAAUUGAUAAGAGGAAUUCAAAUUUUAAUCUCAAGUAUCCGAUUCCUAUUCCUUUCGAUUCCGAUCCGAUUCCUAGCCUUUCGAUUCCGAUUCCAAAUUGGAAUUGAUUUUCGAUUCCCAACCCUAAUCCUGACUCGUGGAACACAUCCGGAGAAAGUGCGUGAGAGUGAUUUUUCCCCUUAGUGGAAUGGCACCACAAGACAUUGUGCGGUUACAGAGCGCAGGGGAUCAGGCGGGUACAUAAAUCUGAAUUAGCGAGUGAGGAUAUGAGGUGCCGAACCAGUGGUGGUUUUGUAGGCCAAGAGCAGAGAUUUGAAUUGGAUGCGAGCGACUAUAGGGAGCCAGUGCAACCAAACAAAGAAAGGAGUGACGUGCGCUCUCUUUGGCUCAUUGAAGACCACUCUUGCCCCUGUUUUCUGGAUCAUCUGAAGAGGUCUGGUUGUACAAGCUGGAAGACCAGCCAGUAGAGCAUUGCAAUAGUUCAGUCUGGACAGGACAAUAACUUGUGUAGCAUGCUCGGAAAGCAAAGGUCUAAUUCUCCUAAUAUUGUAGAGGAUGAAUCUACAGGACCGGGUGGUGCUGGAAACAUGAUCUGUGAAGAUCAGCUGAUCAUCAAUUACCACUCCCAGGUUUCUGGCCGUUCUGGAAGGAGUAAUGGUUAAUGAACCUAGUUGGAUGGAAAGGUCAUGCUGAGUCUUCGGUUCGGCUGGGUUCACGAGCAUUUCAGUUUUUGCAAGGUUCAGCUGCAGGUGAUGAUCCUUCAUCCAGAGUGAAAUGUCAUUCAGGUAUGCUAAGAUGCACACAAAACCAUCGGAUCUUUAGGCUGAAAUGACAGGGAAAGCCAUGUUUCCGA